AUGGCGCGACCUCGGGUGUUGGUUUUCCCUUUCGCGGCGCUGGGCCACGUGAAGCCGUUCUUAACUCUGGCGGAGCUGCUUUCCGACGGCGGCGUGGACGUGGUGUUCUUAAGCACAGAGUAUAACUUCGGCCGCAUCUCCAAUCUCGCAGCCUUAGCCUCCCGCUUCCCCACGCUCCAAUUCGCCACCAUCUCCGACGGCCUGCCGCUGCCGCCCGAUCACCCGCGCUCUCUUCUCGACACUCCUCUGUAUUUCACAAUGCGCGACGGAAUCAAACCGCGAUUACGCCAUUUGAUUCGAUCUUACAACGACGCUUCUUCCCCCAUCACCUGCAUCAUCAACGACAUCAUGUAUUCUUCCCCGAUCGAAGUGGCCCAGGAAUUUGGGAUCCCUGUUUUUACCUUCUGUCCGUUCAGUGCUCGAUAUUUGACCACUUACUCUAUUAUACCAGAACUCAAUGAAAAAGCUCAAAUCCCAUACGCUGGUCAGAAACAGAGUUGCGCCCUUCCCCUUCUCUCUGUAUUUUGUUUAUAG